AGCUUAGCUUCUACUGAGCUGAGGAUUGCACAACUGAGUCAGAGUGUUGCUGUUGUUCCUCUCACCUGCUGCUGAUAGCAAACCAGCAUGGCUGACUGGCUGAUUGACUGACUGGCUGACUGACUGACUGGCAACUCAAAGGGAACAAGGCCUCUCCUCUCUGCUGGAGUCGCUCAGAGCUGAUGUGAAAUGGCUCUCCGCAGAUCCCCCUCCUCCACCUGUGCAGAGUCAUGGCCCAAUGGCGCGGGCUACAGCCGAGUGGCCACAGCACUCAGCGAGUCAUCCUCCAUCCACAGCGACGCUUUCUACCACCUCACCAAAGAUGCGUCCAGCAUUGGAAUGGAUCCCGUGACCUACACCAUCCUAGAAUCUGAGCCUUUCACGGGAGAAUCCUGGGCCGAGGAGUCACAAAGUCCGAUACAGCACAAAAGCAUGCAGAUCUCCCCGAGUGAAGACAAGAUCCCAGUUGUGGAGACAGCUUCCAGCCCUCAGACCAGCGGAGAAGGCCUUUACUUCUGCGACGGUCGACGGAAGGUUGACUACGUCCUUGUUUUUCAUCAGCGGCGGCACAGCUCCAUACGACACGGUACCUCAGCUUCACAAGACAGAUUAUCCAUUGUUUCCAAUGGCAACUUUCCACCGACGGUGGGCUCAGACGUGGCGGCAGGGAGAGGAGGAGGUGGCAUCCCAGGAGGGGAGGCCGCGAAUGUUGGCGAGGUGUGCAUGGAGCUCGGAGGCGCAGGGGGGAGCGAGCCGACGGAGCCUGCGUACCACGAGAUGCGUCUCAUCAGACAAGAGUUUGAGGCCAACCUGCUGGAGGCCGGCCUGGAGAUAGAGAGAGACAGAGAGUUAAAGACUCACGGCCCCAGCUUCACUCGGCUCCAUGCACCUUGGCCGGUGCUUUGUCGAGAGGCGGAGUUUCUCAAGAUUAAAGUCCCCACCAAGACCAGUUACGAACUCAAAGAGGAAAGUGGUUUCGGGUCCAGUAUGAGCACAAUGUGGAGGAAACUGAACCAGCCUUUUCAGCCCAAAGUACACCAGGACCACGAACGUACCAAAUUUCUUUCGCACUGUUUCUCCAGGGACAAGCUUCACCUAUACAACAUCACAUCUAAAGACACAUUCUUCGACAACGCUACGAGGGGAAGAAUAGUGUAUGAGAUCCUGAGACGGACUCCGUGUGUACGGACCUGUCAGACCAUAGGCAUCAGCACAUUGAUAGCUAAAGGCGUGUAUGACGCCGCCUUCCCUCUGCACGAUGGUGACUAUAAGGUCAUCGGGCACCUUGAGGAGAGGAACGACAGACAGGUUCUGCAUGAAGAGUGGGCCAGAUACUCAGCCUUUUACAAGUACCAGCCCAUUGAUCUCGUCAGGAAAUACUUUGGGGAGAAGAUCGGCCUGUACUUCGCGUGGCUCGGUGUUUACACUCAGCUACUCGUACCAGCCUCCAUAGUGGGAAUCAUUGUGUUUGGCUACGGUGUGGCGACGGUGGAUACCAACAUACCCAGCCUGGAGAUGUGUGACGAGCGUCUCAAUUUCACCAUGUGUCCACUGUGUGACGGGGCCUGUGACUACUGGCAUCUCAGCACCGCCUGCGGCACCGCCAGAGCUUCGCACCUCUUCGAUAACCCCGCCACCGUCUUCUUCGCCAUCUUCAUGUCUCUGUGGGCCGUGCUGUUCCUGGAGCACUGGAAGCGUCGUCAGAUCAGUUUGAGCUUCAGCUGGGAUCUGACGGGCAUUGAGGAGGACGAAGAACACCCCAGGCCAAAAUACGAGACCAUCCUGCUUCAGAAAAGACAGAGAGAGCAAAAAAAGAAGAAGAAGAAGAAGAAAAAGGAUGAGCCAGAGAAGCAGGAGGACGGGACAGUGACAGGGAAGGACAGAUGGAGACAAAAACUACUGUCUGCCAUGGCUGCAGGAAUACCGUCUGCCAUAGAGAAGCUGACCUGGAAAGACCGUCUUCCUGGAUACUUCAUCAAUGUUUCCUCUAUCCUCUUUAUGUUUGGGCUGACAUUUUCUGCGGUCUUCGGCGUCAUCGUCUACCGCAUCACAGUGUCGGCCCUGAUGGCGAUGAGUCCCGACCCGGAUAUCAAAUCCAACGUUCGGGUGACGGUGACGGCAACUGCGGUCAUCAUCAACCUGGUGGUUAUCCUGAUCCUUGAUGAAAUCUAUGGAGCUGUGGCGCUGUGGCUAACGGAGCUAGAGAUUCCUAAAACAGAAACCAACUUUGAAGAGCGUCUCAUCCUGAAAGCCUUCCUACUCAAGUUUAUGAAUGCGUACGCUCCCAUCUUUUACGUGGCUUUCUUCAAAGGACGGUUUGCAGGUCGACCCGGAAAUUACGUGUAUGUCUUUAAUGACUACCGGAUGGAGGAGUGUGCUCCGGGAGGCUGCCUGAUUGAGUUGUGCAUUCAGCUGAGCAUCAUCAUGCUAGGGAAGCAGCUCAUCCAGAACAACAUCUUUGAGAUUGGCAUUCCGAAGCUGAAGAAGUUGGUGCGUGCAUUAAGGGAUAAAGAAUCAGCUCAGAAGGAGAGCGAGGGGGAGAGGCCUCCGCAGCAGUGGAACCUGGAUUACGCCCUGGCUCCCUUCGAAGGCCUCACACCAGAAUACAUGGAGAUGAUCAUCCAGUUUGGUUUCGUCUCUCUGUUCGUGGCUUCUUUUCCACUGGCUCCUCUCUUCGCCCUGUUGAACAACGUUAUUGAGAUCAGACUGGACGCGAAGAAGUUUGUCACGGAGUUGCGCAGGCCAAUCGCCGCACGAGCGAAAGACAUCGGUAUAUGGUACAACAUACUGAGUGGAAUGGGCAAAUUCUCAGUCAUUAUAAAUGCCUUCGUCAUAUCCUUCACGUCGGACUUCAUCCCCCGACUCGUGUACCAGUACAUGUACAGCCAGACGGGCACCAUGCACGGCUUCAUUGACCACACGCUCUCCUUCUUCAACGUGUCCAACUUCAAACCUGGCACGGCGCCGCAGAACUCCGAGCUUGGAGACAUCACUGUCUGCCGGUAUAAAGACUACAGAGAACCUCCCUGGUCUCCAGAGGCAUACCAGUUCUCAAAACACUACUGGUCUGUCCUGGCUGCAAGACUGGGCUUUGUCAUACUGUUCCAGAAUCUGGUGAUGUUCCUCAGCCUUGUGGUUGCCUGGGUGAUCCCUGAUGUGCCCAAAACCAUUGUGGAGCAGCUCAAACGGGAGAAGAAGCUCCUGGUUGACGUCUUUUUGCAGGAAGAGAAGGAGAAAUUCCAGCUCAUCCAGAGCCUCUUCGCCAAGGAUGGCACUCUCCAGUCGAGCAGCCAGAUGCUCCCCCCAAACCAGGGCUUGCCCCUCUUGGGUCGCUUCAGUACUCUACCAUCAGGCCCCACGUCAGGCGAUGGAGGGGCUUGGCCUAGGACAAGGUGUCGGGCCGCAAGCUUCAGUCAGUUCACCAGGAAGAUCUCGUCGUCGUCCAGGAAUGAAAACGAGAAUUCGAGACACACGGCGGUGUGACGUGUGAUAAUACGCAUAUGUGGAGGCUGCAGGGCCUCUUGAUUGGCUCGGGUGACUCAGUCUGUGUCUGUCUUUGCCUGUGUCUUUCGUGUCCCGGUAUGUGUGACACAGUGGUGCUGUGACUAAAGCCUCGCAGCUCAGUUACGGACGUAAAACAUGAAUUCAGUGGUCUCACUGUGGUUGAAUCUGUCUCCACUGAAUGGAUGUGUGUGUUCCUCCUCGCGCUGACUGUUCACCUGAUAUAGUGUUGUCAUUUUUACUUUUUGGUAAAAAUCAAAUAUUUAGUGAGGCGCACUAGCUUCAUAUAGCGUAGAGAAGCAAUAAAAUACAUAGGCGGAACAAGUGAAUAUUACCUGAAAGAGACUGAUGAUAAAGAACGAACUAUGAACUAAUGGACAAGUUCAGAAUGGAUGGACCAAUGUCCAUAAUUGGCUCAACGUUAAGGCUGUCAGCGUUUUUCUUCUUCUAUGUGCUUCUGCUCUUUUGUUGUUAAUUUUUUUUUAUUUACAAAACCUGUAGCAGUUACAACACUCACACAUUUUUCUGUAGAAUUCAGGAAUCACUUUGAAAGACUACUGAAACUACAGUUCACUGUCACUGAAGACAAAGCUGCUGGUCACUGUUUCUCUUGCCCAAUGUAUUGAUUAAUAGAAAACAUGCCAAUGUGAUAACACUGUUUAUGCCACUCAUUCCGGUCCUAGCUGUAGUUAUAAAAUUAGAUAAUCUGUGAAGCAAAAAAUGUCUCUUUAGCCAUAUGGACUUUUACAGCCGUCAAAAGACUGUAGAAUGAUUUAAAAGCAAAAGGAAUACUUUAGCAAACUGUGAAUGUGUUUAUCUUCAGCGAUACAACUUCAUCAGCAUUCCUUCGUCAUGAACUGCCACACUGCGUACUCUCACAUUCCUUCAGGUGAGUGAUGAUUUGGGGUUGUCGUUGCCCAAAUCAAAGACUGUCAUAAAAAUCUUAAUGGAUGUUUUUAGCUCUUGAUAAAUAGUGAUUUUAUUUUGUAAAGCUGGUACACCAGUCAUCACGAAUACAUCUGACCGAUUCAUCUGUUGAUAUUCUUUAAACUCGCAGUGCUAUCCGGUCUAACUAUAGCUUUAUUUUAAGAAGACACUAACUGAAUUAGCAUUUGAGUGUUGAUGUCAAACUGCAAAUUGAAUUCUGGUGACUUUGUGCGCAAGGAAGUAUAGCUGGAUACAGCUAAUGUCCACCAAACAAUAACAUUUUCAGACAGUUUCCUAGGCAGUGGUUGACUGAUGUUUGCUGGUGACAUCCAGAGCAUUCAAAGAGGAUGACUUGGUGGGUUUUGAAUACGUCUCUUAACGAAUUAAGAUAUUUGAAUUAAGACAUUUGUCUCUUUAUAUGUAUAUUCCACACAGAAAACUCUAAUCUCCCAUUCACAUAAUAUUGAAGUAAUUUUCCUGCUAAACAUGCUAGAUAUUGCGUUACACUGAACAAGCUUGGUAUUUUAAACCAUUAAGCGUUAUAACGCUACGCUUCUGCAGCCAUUGAUGCUGUUUUUAGACAGCAAAUUGACUGUUAAUCAAGAAAAUGUUCCUUGCUUUAUGGUUAUGGCAAAUCAAUCAAAUUGUCAAAACUCUCAAAAAAGUGUAAUCUAUAAUUUUACCAUGACAAACAAUGUCAGUCCACCAGCUUACCUGUCUGUGUCCACUGGAAUCUAAAUGAUCCACAAAACAUUUUGACAACUACAUAAAUAUACUCAUAUGCUUAUUUGAUAAAAUUUCAAUUUCAGUUCGACUUUAACCAUGGAUGUGCCCAGUUACCUGGUUAUGGUGUGUUGCUGGACAAAUGCAGUGUGCAGACUGUCUGAGGGUAUACUGUGGGUGAUGCCAUCUUGGAACACCAUGUCCAGUUUUAACUCUAACAUGCAGUGAGUUCUGUUUCAGAGGCCUUGUAAUUGCUCAUUGUUUCAGAUUCAACCCAACACCUGUCUGCUCAUGUAGGACUCAGUGACAGACUGUUAACCUUAAAUGUGUUCUCACCUUUAGGAAAUUGUGAUAAAGGUAUAUUUGUUAUACAGGCUGUUGUUAAUUAAUAAUAGAAAUGUGAAUCCUUACUUGAUCCUUACCUUACACUGGUGUAAAAAUUCUUAAAUACAGAAUUGUUAGAUGGAUUGCAAAAUAAUUUUUACAUGUUGUGUGACCUUUUUAUUCCAUUGGUCUAUUCUCAUUUACUUUUUUUUUUUGACCAGGUAGCUGUAAUGGGAUUACUUCUCCGAAAGAAAAAUAACAAACAUUUGAUGUUAGCUCGCCUGUGCUGCCAUUGCAGCCGUUUUAAGAAGAAUAUAUUCUGAUAAUCGUACAUGUACAGUACAUUAAUUUUGUUUUUAUUUCUUUACUUUUUUUUAAUGAGGAUCAUAUUUGUCUUUAUCUCAGGUAUAUGUUUCCACUUGCAGAUUUCUCUGCGUCUGCGUGGAUUCCUGUUAUCAUUAUCGGUAAAUGAUGAGACGAGAGAAAAACAGAACUGUGUGUAGGCCACCUUGGUUUUGCCUGUAGGUUUUUUGGCAACCAGUACAUCAGGUGCGCAAAAAAUGGCAACCUGUCAAGGAAUGAUUCCUGCCACAAAUAUUGUUUUGUUCACCCCAGUCUCUUUCCAUCUCAGCUUUCCUCUUGAAAACAAAUAAAAGCACAACGGCGAAAGAAAAGGAAUUGUAAGAAAGAAAUCACAUUGAAGAAAACACUCAUGUGUUGGCAAACACUGUGGUAAGAUAUAAUGUCCCUGUAGACUCCAGGACUACAUUCUUUUCUUUUCAUUUCUUUUACCAAGAGGUGGAGGAGACCAAAACUAAAGGGAAAGAAAUUACUCUAUACACAUGUUGCAACAAGUACCCCACUUCUACUUCAUACAGCAGUGGUAUAUUAGUAUUAUUGCCAUCUAGUGGCAGCAAAAAGGUUAAUGCCCCUUUAAAUCUCUCUUUUUAGCCUUGGUGAGUUUGAAGUAGGUUGUGGAUAAUGGUAUAUGAUGAUUAAUGAGUCAGCUCUUUAGGUUAAAGUCAUAAAAUAACUACCUCUCAGUGACAUUGUAAAUUUAACUAGAUAAUCGAUAUUUAUGCACUUAUGCACAGUUACAGUACUUAGGACUUAGGAAAUGUCAUUUUGUCCACGCUAAAAGCUAUAUAACACUGUACCAUUAAAGGAUUAAUGUCACAAUUGAAGGCAUUUUAGGCAUCAUGAUCACACCAAAACCCACACAAUGACAAGUUGAACUGCAGCAAACAGACAAGAGUCACUAAUGACAUGGCAUAUAGGUAGAAGCUAUAGCAUUAGCAAUAUGUAAAACUAUGGACAUGCUUAUGUGUCAUAUGAUGUACUGUGACCCUAAUCUCUAUAAGUAAAUGAAUGUACGUCAUGUUGUGUACCAUCCAGGUGUGUGUUUUCAUUUAAUGUGAGGUUGGUUAGGUAUUUAAUACAGCUUAACUACAUUUAGGACAGUAUUUGAAAAAUCUGGGGUUACAUUAGCUGUUUAGUCUUUUUCAUUAACUUUUUUUUAUUAAGCUAGGUGUAUGGUGUAUCUAUCACCUUGGCCAUUUAGUGUUUAUUUAUUACCCUAAACUAUUUUCUCUGUGUCUUAAACCAUUUCAAUUAAUUUAAACAGUAUAUUCAUCAAUUUAGGCUACCUAUUUCAGCUAUUUAGUCAUCACUUUACGGUAGUUAAUUGUGAGCUGAUGGGCUUACAUUACUCAUUUAGUCCAUUACCUAAAGCUCUCUGUUUUGGCUGUUUGUCCAUUUGAAAUAGGUAAAUCGAAAGAUUGUCAAUUACUUUAAGCUCUCUGAUUUAUCAUGUCCUUGAAGAUAAGUACUUCGGCUGUUUAUCCUACAUGUUAACUUUUCUUUUUCUUUUUUAGUUUUUUUCCUGUGUUCUUUUAUUGGCAUUUCAUCGAUUUCAACUGUUCAUUUAUUUCUUUUGUCAACUCCUUAUCCCAUUUGUCCUUUUAGCUAACUAUUUACUAAACCGUAACUUGUCUACGGACAAGGGAGUCAACUGCUUAUGACCCCGGGCCAGUAGGGGGCCCCCAAGAGCCGUUAAACUUUAAACUACAGCAGUGGCAAUUAGGGCUGCAUUCUUUCUGUGCAUAUUUGCCCCAUGUGGUUGUAAACCUCAGUUGAUGAGACAAGUCUCCAAUGAGUCAGCCAACAAAGAAGAACAAAGUCAGAAUUGUGUCUUCUUCUGCCAUAUUUCCAGCAGAGUUGACACUCCACAGCAAGUAGAAGCAUUUUGUGUAACUUAAAAAAUUCACUAUUCUGAUUGCUGUUUGAGGCAUGUAAACUCCUAUCAUUGCGAAAUAAUUUCAUUUUGUAUUUACGUUAACAACAAGUUGGAAUGAGAAUGAUUUGAAUCAGGUUUUGAAAAAGUAUUGUCCAUGUGUAUGUAGCAAGUGUCACAGUGAAACACUGCCAAUUUCCUCUUUGCAGAGUAACAUAGAGUAGCAUAGGUUUCACAUUUCCACUGCAUUAUACUAAUCUUUAACUAAAAGUCACAUUUUUGCUUGAGUGUCCAUAACAGCACACAUUUCCAAAUAAAUUAAAUUCUUCCUUCCAAAA